AUGUUCCACAUUGGAACACAGUUACGACGCAGCCAUGCGGCAUCCAGUGCCGUCCACAAGCAGCUCGCCAUGCCUUUCAUGGAAACAGGGCACUGGUGGUACUCCUCGCAUCCAACCCCUUUAAAUUGGAAAAUAUAUAUCUGCUACGAAAAACAAAGCACUCCGGUCUUCUUUGGCCUGGAGACUAUCGAGGAGUUGUAG